AUGGGAUCUAAGAAUUCAAAAGAAACAAGUAAGAUUUACAACGAUAACUUUAGGUUCAAGUGAUGCUGCAUAGACAAGUUAAAAACAGGAUAAGAAACAGGUUCAAGUUGACGCAAAUGAGAAAUCCAAUUCAAGGAGUUCAAAGACCAAAAUGAAAUCGUUACCGAAUAAAGAGUAAUACAUGAACGAUGUGCCUUAAUUAGAAGAAGAAUAGCCUUAAUAACACUAAAUAACAUUCUAUAAGGGAGAUUUUGAGAAUCAAAAUUUUCCUCAAUUGGAUCAGUCAACAGUUUUCAAUAAUAAUGCUCAAAGCUAGUUAAAAGAGCAAGGAAUAGGCUCAUCUCUAGAUGCAAAUGUGGAAAUUCAUGAUGAUCAAGCUAUGGAUGUGAAUGGAUGCAGAAACAAAUUGAGAAAUAAUAGGCUGUUUUAGAUGGAAGAGCAUGAUCCAAUAAUAGUGGCCAUUUUGGAUGAUUUGGAAUGUAAAACAUCCAGUCAUCAUCCAUCGAAUGCUUAGGCUAAGCUAUAUCAUGGUUCUUAAAUAAUGAUAAAGAAUCGCAUUAUAGCUGGCUAUUGGAGCAAGUUGGGACCGUAUAAAGUAACAAAUUUUCACUUCAAACCAUUUGAACUUCAUGGGGAUUAGGUUUAUUAUGGAGAGUGGUUUUAAUAAAAAAGAAAUGGUUUUGGAUUUUUGAUUUGUGAUGAUUUUAUUUAUGAAGGAUAUUGGUUGAAUGAUGUUUAUAACGGUGAUGGAAGGAUGAUUUGCAAAGAUGGAAAUAUCUACAUUGGAGAGUUCAGAAAUGGCUUAUUUAAUGGUGAUGGUUUCCAUCUUAACAAUGAAUAAAUAGUUUAUGAAGGAGAAUGGCAAAAUGGAUAAAAGAAUGGAAUUGGAAAAGAGUAAAUGCCUGAUGGAUCAGUUUUUGUUGGUCAGUUUCAAAAGAAUUCAAGGAAUGGUUAAGGGAAACUAUACAAUAAUAAGGAAUAAUUUGUGUUUGAAGGAUAAUGGAUACAUGGAAAGGCCUUAGAAUAAGGUAGAGUAAUUUGGUAGGAUGGUAGAAUAUUUGAAGGGAAGUGGUGUAAUGGAAUGAUGCAUGGUCAUGGAGUAUUUAUAUGGCCAGGAGGCAAGAAAUACAUUGGGAAUUAUGUGAACAAUGUAAGGGAUGGAUAUGGAGAAUACUAUUAUCCAGAUGGAAAGAUAUAUAAGGGAAUGUGGAAAAAGGGAUUGAUGCAUGGAUAGGGAAUCAUAAUCUAUCCAAAUAACUCUCAUGAAAAGGGACAAUGGAAACUAGGAAAGAGAGUUGUAAGUUAAGAAAAGAAAGAUAAUGAAAAGUCUAAAAAAAAAUAAGAAAAUAAGGCUAUCUUGCCACUUUGA